AAGUUUCUCAUGGCCUUUUAUUGGUAGCAUUGGCCGGCAACAAAAUGGCGACCUCAUUUUACUGGGAAAGUAAAAUCAGAGAAAAGUUCGAUGUUAAUAUCAGGCUAUUGUGAGUGACAUGUAAAUAAUAAACGAGAUUUUGUUUAUAUAAUACUGAAAAAACUAAUUUAACCUUUAAAAGACAAUAUACAUUGAAUAUUCGAUGAGUUUUCGGUGAUACGUUUCUGACAGCAUGUCGACAAUGGCCGAUGACUCUACUUCUCUGCCAAAAAGGCGUCAAUUGCGGGAAAGAACUCGAAAAUUAUAUACAGAUGAUUGGACUAUAGGCGAUGAAGAAAUCGAGGGUCGUAGGACUUUUCAACUCGAUGAAAAAAUCGAGUGUGAUAGGUAUAAUCUUAGCAAUUUCACUGGAUUAUUUCGUGAAAUGGCUGGUUCUGAACUAAAUUUAGCAUAUUUGCAAAAACAUGGUCUUAGCAUACCAUUACUCUUCAGAGAUAAAUCUGGAUUGGGAUUACGAGUUCCCAGUUCAAAUUUUUCUGUCAAUGAUGUCAGGACUUGUGUUGGUUCAAAAAGAAUAUUGGAUGUAAUGGAUGUUAAUACACAAAAAAAUGAAGAUAUGACAAUGAAAGAAUGGCAAAAAUAUUAUGAAGAUUCUAAUAAAGAACGAUUGUUAAAUGUAAUUUCAUUGGAAUUUAGCCAUACCAAAUUAGAAAAUUAUGUACAAUCACCUGAAUUAGUACGACAAGUUGAUUGGGUAGAUGUUGUAUGGCCAAGACAUUUGAAAGAAGCACAAGUAGAAUCUACAAAUCUAUUGGAAGAUAUGAUGUAUCCAAAAGUGCAAAAAUAUUGUCUCAUGUCUGUAAAAGGUUGUUAUACAGACUUUCAUGUUGAUUUUGGUGGAACUAGUGUUUGGUAUCAUAUUUUAAGAGGUGGCAAAAUAUUUUGGCUUAUCCCUCCUACUGAAAAGAAUUUAAGCCUCUAUCAAGAAUGGGUAUUGAGUGGUAAACAAUCUGAUGUAUUCUUUGGAGAUAUGGUAGACAGAUGUGGUAGAAUAAGUUUAACAGCUGGUAUGACUUUAUUUAUUCCAACUGGUUGGAUUCAUGCUGUGUACACUCCUCAAGAUUCUUUAGUAUUUGGUGGAAAUUUUUUACACAGUUUUGGUAUUGAAAAACAAUUGAAAGUUGCACAAGUAGAAGAACAUACAAAAGUUCCACAAAAAUUCAGAUAUCCAUUUUUCACAGAAAUGUUAUGGUAUGUUUUGGAGAGGUAUGUUCAUGUUCUUCUAGGCAGAAGUCACUUGGAUAUUUCUGAAUCACAACGUCAACAUUCAGUGCCACAGCAUCAUCAACAUAUACAUCUAACACCAUUUGAGUUGCAUGGUUUAAAAGCAAUAGUUAUGUAUUUACAUUCAUUACCUUCUACUAAGAAGAAUGUGCCUGAGCUAAUUCGUGAUCCUGUUGCCUUAAUUCAUGAUGUUCGAUGUCUAGUAGAACAACAUAGACAUGAUAAUCCAGAAGCAGCUGUGACUGGAAAUCCUGUUUUACCUCCUCCACCUGCUUUAACAAUUGCUGAAAGGGAACGAAUGAGGAUAACUAAAAAGAGUUUUACAAAAAUACAAAGACAUCACUCCCAAGAAAAGUCUGAAAGAGCUUUCCCACGACGAAGGCGUACUAGGUGUAAGAAAUGUGAAGCAUGUACAAGAACUGAUUGUGGAGAAUGCAUAUAUUGUCAAGAUAUGGUAAAAUUUGGUGGAAGUGGUCGUGCCAAACAAACAUGUUUAAUGAGACAGUGCUUGAGGCCUAUGCUUCCAGUUACUGCAGCUUGUAAAGUCUGUCGAUUAGAUGGCUGGGGCCAACCACCUGCACCAUUAAUGGGAAAACCAACACCUACAGCUCCAUCGAGUUUAGUUGAGUGCUCAAUUUGUUUCGACAUUGUACAUCCUGAAUGUAUAGGAUUGGACCCCCAAACUAUAACCGUUAGCGAUGAUUUACCGAAUAGUUGGGAGUGUCCCCAAUGUUGUGAAAGCGGUCGGAAUCUAGAUUGUAGGCCACGUCAACCUAAGGCUCGUGCUCGAAAACUUUCAGUAUCUAGUGCAGCUUCUUCAGCACCUACAACAGAUUCUGAAAGGGCAACUACACCAAGUAAACGUUCAAGACCCGAUCCCAGCGAUGCAUGGAAUGACAGAGAACCGGCUGAGGGUGAACAGCGAACAGCUUUGCGUACACAAUUAGCUGUACAAUUAACUGGUUCAAGUAGUAAGUCAUUGAAGAGGCCCCACGUGGUGGUUAGGCCUGUUUCACUUCCGCCUGUUCAAAGACCAGGGCCCGAUUUUAAUGGACAAUCUUUAGCAUAUGACAAGACAGCAUUACUUGCUAUUUUUAGAUUUUUAAAUGCAAAGGACCUGGCGAAUUGUGCCUUGGUUUGCCGUACAUGGGCCAGAUAUAGUAUAGAUCCUAGUUUGUGGAGAAAAUUGGAUAUGUCUCAUUCUCAUCUAACAGCUUUACAUUUAACUGGUAUAAUACGCCGCCAACCGGAAAAUCUGUCUCUUGACUGGACAAAUGUUACUAAAAGACAAUUAGCUUGGCUAUUAAGUAGAUUACCACAACUCAGAACAUUAUCUCUACAAGGUUGUACGUGGACUGGAGUCUGUGCUUUAAGAACUUGCACUUGUCCACCACUUGUUACCUUAGAUUUAAGUCAUGUAUCUGGACUAAAUGAUUCAAGUUUAAGAGAAGUUCUCAGUCCACCUACAGAUUCGAGGCCUGGUCUAAUUGAUAAAACUUCAAGACUAAAACAUCUUAAAAAUUUGUCUUUGGCUGGAUGUGAUAUAACUGAUAUAGCUUUGAGAUAUAUAGUUCAACACUUACCCUAUCUUGAGACAUUAGAUCUUUCUUCUUGCGGUAGAGUUACUGAUGCUGGUGUAGCUCAAUUAGCAACUCCACCAGCACAGGCAGUAACAAACUUGGCAUCACUGAAUUUGGCAAACUGUAGAUUACUUACAGAAACAACAUUAGAUCAUUUGGCAAGAUGUAAAGUGCUUAAACGUUUAGAUCUCAGACAUACAACUCAAGUUUCAACUCAAUCUGUAAUUAAGUUUGCUGCAAAAAGUAUCCAUAAUUUGCAUGUAACUGAUGUUAAGUUAGUAGAAGAAAAAAAGUUUAAAGUAGAAGUUAAAGUUACGUGAAAAAAUAUUUUUUUGUUUCGUUUUGUUUUUGUAUUUGUUACGAAGAUUUUCGGCAAGUGCAAUUCGGUUACCAUAUAAAAUAUGAUAGACAAUGCAUAUAAUAUCGGAUUUCAAUUAAUAAUUAUAUUAUCAUAAAGAUCCAUUAGCACUGUAUCGCUUCUUCAUAAUAUAAGAAAAUGGACCUGACUAGUAUAGGAUUUCUAUUUGAUAACAUUCAGUUUUACCAAUAUCACUGUGCGGUCUGGGCAGAAAAAACUGCUUGUAUAUGAUUUGAAAUGACCAAGAAAUGUUUUACUUUUUGCUUUUUGUUAUGGUAGACGCUGUCUUCCUUUAUGCCUGGAUAGCUCUGUGCAUAUUUCAGAAAUAUUUUAACGAAUACAGGAUAUUAAAUAAGUAAUGCAGAUUCUAAAAUAAGAAUAUCUAAAACAAAGCUGCACUAGGUGAAUCUAAGAUAUAUCGAAGUAUAGCAAUGGUUAGCAUCCCUAAUAUUAAAAUUGUAUAAAAACGAGAUGUUAGGUUUCACUAACCUUGCAACCAAAAAAAUCAUUACUCGCUUAAUAUUCAGUAUUCCAUUAAUUUGAAAUGUAAUACUUACAUCGAUAUGGAAAUUUUUACUGUUGCAUUGCUAAAAAAGCAAAUGUACAGUAUUUAUUUUGUAAUUCUAUAUGGAUGUAAAAAUAUAAAUGCGGGUAAAAGAAAUGAGUAUUGACGUGUUUCGCGAAAGUCUCAGCAGAUUAUUAUAUCGACGAUAUUAUUUGCCGAUAUAUCAAUACAAAAAAGAGUAUAUUUAUUUGUAUGUGUGUUUGGAUAAAUUUCCAACAUAAAGAUUAUUAAUUGACUUGAAAGUCGCAAAACUGAAACAGCCUAUUGACCUUGUAAACUCAUACCCUAAUUAUAAAAUCAGAAACGCGCAAUGAAAUAUAUUCGAUUAUACUAUUUCAUAAUAUUAGAUAGAUAAUUAACGUUAUACUGAAAACAUGUAUAUCAUACAAAUGUUUUAAUUUUCGACCUAAAGUAUGUUAAACGUAACGUCGAAUGUUUUUAUGUAAACGAAUGUACAUAUGACUUUUUUUUUUAUACAAUUACUUUUCAGUUUUAUUUUGUUAUUGUACGUAAUUUGAUAAUAAUACCAAGCAAUAAGAAUUUAUUAUCUGCACCUUGAAACUAACGUUAGCUGUAUAAUUCAAAUAUCUCACAUUAUUUGUAUUAUCUCUGUGAAAAUGUAUCUUAGAGAACAUGAUCUGCUCGUACUAAAAUUCAGCAUAUUUUUCCAACUGUCAGUGUAAUCAGUUUCGUUACACUCGCUAUUAAAUUGUUUAUGGCGAAAACAUUUUUAUAAUUAAUACAAGGUAUUAAAAACACUUAAGAUACAAUUAAUGUUCAAAAACUAUGACGCUACUGUAUAGAAUAUGUAAUUCACAGAAAAUGAUAGUGAUAUUCUGAUUUUCAAAUAUAAUUUUAAAUUUUAAAAAUACCGCUAUUAUAUUCGCUCAUUUAUUUUCGAAAUAUUUUCGAAAUAUUUCGGUUCCUUUUUUCAUUGUAUUAUCAAUAAUAUCGAUACAGCAAAAAAAGAAAAUUAUUCAAUAAACAUGUAAUUACAAAACAAAGAUUUUAUUAUUUGUUAACAACGAUAAAAAUAUACUCAUAAUAUAAUAUACUAUAUGCAAAUAAAAUGUUUGCGACGCCAAUGUAAGAAGCAUUACUAGGGACUUUAUGAUACGUCAUAUGUGCGUUUCUUUUCAAACUACUUUAACGGGUAGUUGUAGUAUUUUUAAAAACGUAAUAAACAUAAUUACUUAUGUUAUUGUGUAUUCUAAAUAAGAUAUCGUCGUUGAAAAAUAAAGCUUGUACAUUCUGGAAAAAUCUGUUCGUCGAUUAAUUUCAAUUGCAAGCAUGAUUUGUUUGGGAAGGUUUUAUGGAGAGAUUGUUACCUGUGGUGUUCUCACUCUUGGAGAGUGGUAUUGUAUCACCUCGAGAUCGAGACCUCUCGAUUCGAACCUGUCGUUCGAGCUGUGGCCUCGAAUUUGGCUCUUGUCGUCCAUUCUCGCGGAGCUUCGCCGGUAUCGGUUGACUGUUCGUAUUCUUUUCGCUUUUAGGCUGUGACGGGAUUAUUGUGAUCUUGCUCUGUUUACGCGGCUGUGCAUCUGUCGAGGAUUUCGCUUCUGGUUUCGCUACACUCUGUAAAUUGAAUCACAAACAAUCUUAUUUUAACUUCUUUGUAUUUUUCAUACAUCUAUUUUAUCAAUGUUAUUUUUUUUAUUAUUUUUUUCUAUUUUUAAAACCAUCUUUUAUCGUUUUAUAUUUUCGUAAUAUUUUUUUGUCUGUUUUUUUUUUAUAUUUAAAAAUGAUAAAAAUUAUUUCGAUCUAUUUCAGGUGAUAUUUCUAUGUUCAUCGUAUUAAUAUCAUUUUCUUGCCAGUUGUUCGCUCAUGUAUAUUCAACUAUAAUCACUUCAUUGUUUACGAACACUUACAUCUACAAUUUUCAUAUCUUAGAUCAGGCUAUAACAAUUGUAAUCGUAAAACUUAAUUACAAUGCGUGUUAAAGAAAUAGUAUUUUUUUGAAUAGUAUUGUGAAAGAUAGUUGUGCAAAUUGAAAAGUGAAUAAC